AUGGAGCUGCCACUCAUCCAGCACUCAGACGGGUCCGACACCCACCGACUGCCAGCCGUGCUUCAAGGUCACUCCACACGCCUCCCCGCCUCCUUGUCCCACCUCCUAAUCGUGCCCCUUUCAAUCCUGGGUGCUUCCUCAGCGGUUUCUCAUCCUGCUGCUUUUCUGGCCCGUGUCCUCUUCACUGCAGAAGAGGAGUUUGAGUGGAUUGUGGUAACCUCGCCAGAAGCUGCGUCAGUGUUCCUUACUGGAUGGAGAGCCGCAGGGUCGCCGGCGCUGAGGCUGGCAGUGGUGGGGGGCGGCACAGCGGAGGUGUUCCAUCAGCUGGGCGAGCGUGAGAAGCACCUCCUGCCCGUCCAGUUCGUUCCCUCCAUAGCCACGGCCAAGUACCUGUCUGCUGAAAUUCAAGGCGGCAACCGCCGGGUGCUUUUGGUGCAACUAUGUGCGUUUCUUAUUUUCCCCCUCUCCUCCCUCUCCCCCCUCUCCUCCCUCUCCUCCCUCUCCCCCCUCUCUUCCCUCUCCUCCCUCUCCUUCCUCUCCUCGCUCUCCACCUUCCCUGCUUCCCCAGCCACGGCCAAGUAUCUGUCAGCUGAGAUUCCAGAGAUUCAAGGCGGCAACCGCCGGGUGCUGUACCCCGCCUCGGCCAAAGCCAGCACGGAUCUCCAGAAUGGGCUGGCAAGCAGGGGCUUCCAAGUCACGCGGCUCAACACAUACUCCACGGAGUCGGUGACCAGUGUGGACAAGGACACCAUACAGAGAGCCGCCAGGGCUCCUGUUGUUGCUGUGGCCUCUCCCACUGCUGUCAGGGCGUGGAUGGAGGUGGUGGCGUCGCGCACGCAGUGGGACGGAGCUGCAGCAUGCAUCGGGGGAACGUCCGCCGAGGCUGCGAGAAAAGCAGGGAUCAAGAGGGUGUUUGCACCAGAUAGUCCUGGAAUUGAAAGCUGGGUGACCAGUGUUAUGGAAGCACUGGAAGCAGCACCUGCUGAAGCACAAAUGUAG